AUGAAGUUUCGCGCGUUGCUGCUAUGUUUGAUUCUUAUCAAACAAGCUUUUUCUUUGAGUUGUCCUGCUGGAUCAUACUUCUCGUCAUAUAGUAACAAAUGCUACACCUGUCCGGCAGGUUCUUCUUGCGUUGGUGAUAAUAGCAGGGUACGGUGCAAGUCAGGCUAUUAUGCGGAAAACCCAGGCAGUACAUCUUGCAAAAUAUGCCCAGCCGGUCACAAAUGUUAUUAUACAGACGACGCACCAGUAGAAUGUUCUAAAGGAUACUAUCAAGACCAGACAGGACAAGGAUCUUGCAAACGAUGCAGUUCCGGUGAAUACAACAUUCAAACUGGACGAUCAACAAAGUGUGAUAUUUGUCCCGUUGGUCAUGGUUGUUGGUAUAUAGACGGAGCACCAGUAAAAUGUUCUAAAGGAUACUACCAAGAUCUUCCUGGCAAAACAUCUUGUAAACGAUGCAGUUCCGGUGAAUACAACAUUCAAACUGGACGAUCAACAAAGUGUGAUAUUUGUCCCGUUGGUCAUGGUUGUUGGUAUAUAGGCCAAGAACCAGUAAAAUGUUCUAAAGGAUACUACCAAGAUCUUCCUGGUCAAAUAUCUUGUAAACGGUGCAGUUCCGGUGAAUACAACAUUCAAACUGGACGAUCAACAAAGUGUGAUAUUUGUCCCGUUGGUCAUGGUUGUUGGUAUAUAGGCCAAGAACCAGUAAAAUGUUCUAAAGGAUACUACCAAGAUCUUCCUGGUCAAAUAUCUUGUAAACGGUGCAGUUCCGGUGAAUACAGCAUUCAAACUGGACGAUCAACAAAGUGUGAUAUUUGUCCCGCUGGUCAUGCUUGUUGGUAUAGAAACCGAGAACCAGGAAAAUGUUCUAAAGGAUACUACCAAGAUUUUCCUGGUAAAACAUCUUGUAAACGAUGCAGUUCCGGUGAAUACAACAUUCAAACUGGACGAUCAACAAAGUGUGAUAUUUGUCCCGUUGGUCAUGCUUGUUGGUACAGAAACCGUGAACCAGCAAAAUGUUCUAAAGGAUACUACCAAGAUCUUCCUGGUCAAACAUCUUGUAAACGGUGCAAAGGCGGACAAUAUAACCUCCAAACUGGCUCAACUACAUGUGAAAGUUGUCCUGCGGGAAGCAAAUGCCCUAAUGCCGACAAGAUACCACAACCAUGCGGGGAAGGGAAGUACUCUUCCGCAGAAUCCUUGAAAUGCUCUCCUUGCCCAUCAGGUACCUUUUGCCCAAGUCCUUCAAGCUUACCUAUUGCACCGAACAACGACACUCUGCUGAAAAGUAAAAUUCACAAUGUCGCAAAGUAUGCAGCCGAGGCUUACCAGAACAAAAAUGAUUCUGCUUUGAAUAGCUUGAGGUUGAUCGAUAGUGACAAUAAAGUCCAUGGCUUUGUUAAAUAUAAAGGCAAAACGAUCAUUGUAUCGUUCCGUGGUACAGUCGACACGAAAGGUUGGAUUAAUAAUGCAAAGUUCCUGAAACGCGAUUACCAAAGCUGCAAAGGCUGCAAAGUACAUACUGGAUUUUCCACAUUUUACAACUCGGUACAAAUGCAGCUGUUGGCAAAAGUGAGCGCUUUCUCUCAUGCACAUCCCAACUCAAAAGUGAUCGUCACAGGUCACUCGCUUGGUGGAGCACUGGCAACUUUAGCCGCUGUUGAACUGGCCAAGGCUGGAUAUAAUACCGAUUUGAUAACCUAUGGCUCGCCUAGGGUUGGAAACAAACAGUUUUCUGAGUAUGUUGACAAAACAAUGAACGGAUUGAAUCUAAGAGUGACAUACAAGAAAGAUAUUGUAACUGCGUCUCCUCCACAAUCGAUUGGAUAUUGGCACGUUGGGCGGGAAAUGCAUUACACUGAUCUAAACACGGGAUAUAAAUUACCUCCAAAGAUAGACGUUAAUUAUAACAGGCUAAACUUUGGUGAUCACAAAAUGGUUAAUUAUGAAAAAUUGAACUAAAUACUUAAUUAUCAACAACAAAGUACCAAAUCUGGUAUAUAAGAAGCUAUUAUACGCACGUAACAUAUGUGUAACUGACAUUAAUUCCCUUAAUUCAUAAAUCAUACUAUCAGUUUAAACUAUCGAAUAAAGUUAAUAUAUCGAAACAAAAUUUCCC